UGUAUGUAUGUAUGUAUGUAUGUAUGUAUGUAUGUAUGUAUGUAUGUAUGUAUGUAUGUAUGUAUGUAUGUAUGUAUGUAUGUAUGUAUGUAUGUAUGUAUGUAUGUAUGUAUGUAUGUAUGUAUGUAUGUAUGUAUGUAUGUAUGUAUGUAUGUAUGUAUGUAUGUAUGUAUGUAUGUAUGUAUGUAUGUAUGUAUGUAUGUAUGUAUGUAUGUAUGUAUGUAUGUAUGUAUGUAUGUAUGUAUGUAUGUAUGUAUGUAUGUAUGUAUGUAUGUAUGUAUGUAUGUAUGUAUGUAUGUAUGUAUGUAUGUAUGUAUGUAUGUAUGUAUGUAUGUAUGUAUGUAUGUAUGUAUGUAUGUAUGUAUGUAUGUAUGUAUGUAUGUAUGUAUGUAUGUAUGUAUGUAUGUAUGUAUGUAUGUAUGUAUGUAUGUAUGUAUGUAUGUAUGUAUGUAUGUACGUACGUACGUACGUACGUACGUACGUACGUACGUACGUACGUACGUACGUAUGUAUGUAUGUAUGUAUGUAUGUAUGUAUGUAUGUAUAAAUGUAUGUAUGUAUGUAUGUAUGUAUGUAUGUAUGUAUGUAUUGUUACGCAGUCUUCUAUUGUGAGAAAUUAAUCUCCUAUUUUAAAUUGAUGGCUCGUUCAAACAAUGCCUACCAAAGGACGAUACCAUAGAGAAAUACAAUAACAAAAAUACAACACCCAAAACAGGACGAAUUACAAUUAAUAAGAUUUAAUUUACUUAUAAUACAAUUAAAAAACAAAAGAAAUCUAAUUACAAAUCAUCAACUUACAGAGUAUGGGAGAUCUUGUACCUGUAGACCAUUAGUACAAGGUGCCAAUGAAUAAUGAUGAAUGAUAAAUGCAAAUAAACACAUAUGAGCACACAAAGAAUAAUACACGUCUUGUAAAGUUAAUAAUGUCUAUCUGAAUCUCCGUCGGAAUCUCACUCUCCGUGCCUUUUAAUCCCUUAUAAAUGUGGGUCAACCGACGCGUCUAGAAAAUGCCUUUACUUUUCUAGGACAAAUCGAGAUCAUUCGACAAGAUACUGGGAGACAUACUAACGAUGUUUAAUUAGUGGUCUGUAGUAAACAAGAUACAUCAAAGACUAAGCCACGCCCAGCACAAACGCUACCGUCUGCUAGUGAUCUAAUGUGGGGUUUAAGAAAGUUCAAGCACGGGAAAAAAGUGUACUACAUAACAGUAUAUGUGUAUGUAUGUAUGUAUGAAUGUAUGUAAGUAUGUCUGUAUGCAUAAAUGUAUGUAUUUAUGUAUGUAUAUAUGUAUGUAUGAGGUAUGCAUAAAAUAUGUAUGUAAGUGUUGUAAAUUGAUAAAAUGAUGAAUGCUAAUUGCGCAUUCUUUUGCACACCACAUUAUUUAUUGUGUAGUGACUUCAUGUUUUGAUGCUGUCUUGUCUAGUGCUCAAUGUUGGUGGGACUCCAUGUCGUUCUCCUAAAAUACACGUUGAGCUAACCUUGAUGGUUGCCCCUGCUUGUUUGAUUAUCUUCCUUGUGAAGUACAUUAGCAACCUAAUAUUUUCAACAUGUUUAUAUGCAUGUAAUGUAUGUUUGUAUGCAUGUAUUAAUGUAUAUUUUUAUGUAUGUAUCCAUGCCUGUAUGAUGUAUGUCUGAUAUAUGUAUGUGUGUUUGUAUCUAUGUAUGUAUCUAUCUAUCCAUCUUUGUAUCUAUCUAUCUAUCUAUCUAUCUAUCUAUCUAUCUAUCUAUCUAUCUAUCUAUCUAUAUAUAUAUAUAUAUAAAUAUAUAUAUAUUUAUUUAUCUGACUAUCAUUUAUCUAUGUAUCUAUCCAUUCCUGCAUCUAUUUAUAUUACUAUUUAUCUAUCUUUGUAUCAUUCUUUUUUUUAUUUAUUUAGCUAUAUUUUUAAGCUAAGUUAACAUAACAUUAUUUUCCUAGCUUCUAAACUAUUGUAGUUAGUAUUCAUCUUACUUAAUAACAGGCUGGUUUAACCUCUUUUUAAUUGACAUGGUACCUGACUAAAAAGACCAAUUAAGAAAUGAGAUUAUAGGCCUCGAAUUUCUAAAUUUCUUGCAUUCUGGGAUCAUUAACGUAUCUGGAAAUGUGUAUUGUUCAAAACAAAUUUUGCUUGACCUAUGUUUUUUUCGAAAGGAAUUUUGUUCUUAUAGAAAAUGGCUCGAAAAAAAUAUGAAAAAUACUACAAACAAAUUUAUUCAUUUUAUUUUAAAAUAUUUGAUGAGAAAUUCGACUGAGAAGUGUUUAAAAUAUUAACAUUUAAGAUAAUACUAUUUUCACAUUAUUUCAUAUUGAAAAAAAGUCUUAUUCAAGCAAAUUGUUGUUUGAAUAAGCUAUCAUUCGAUCAAAUUGUUGAACAAUUUUCAUUUGGACUUUUUUUCUCAACCGAAAAUUUACAUUUAAGGAAUUCGUUAAUAGUCCAUUCCUUUCAAAAUAUUUAGAAAUGAAUGUCAGCUCAUACUUAUAUUGGAGACAUUCUUCAUGUAUUACUUCGGUCCAGAAUCUAGGUGAUAGGCAUUGUUUCCAUUCAAAAAUUGCAUAACAUGCCUGCUUGAUGCAAAGUUGUGUAUUUUCUUUCAGAUUAAAGAUGUUACCAAUCCGUCUGUUUGAUCUCGAAAUAUUUACGCUGGCGUUUGAGUUUGACAAUGGUGUCAGAACAGUUUUUUUUUUUUUUUUGAGCUAUGAUAGACGGCCCAAAAUUAACCUUGUUAUUGUAUCUAUUGUUUACAAAUUUCGUCGAUCUGAAAGUGUAUUGAUUGGCUACAAGGAGAGGACUUGUAGGCCAGGGACGGUUUUGACACAUGAGAGUCGAGAAGGUAUCCUACAUCAGAUUCUACGGUUGUCUUUAAAAAGUCUACGACCAAUGACUUUGAAGCUGAAUAUCCUCCAUAUGUCGGUGCAACGUUUAUAUUAAGACAAGAACGUUCCAUGGUGAUGUUUUAAUGUUGAAAUUAUGGCCAUGGUGCUCAGGGAUGAGAAUUUUUUAGGUAUGUGUGGUGGUAAUCGGGCGAAAGUAACAUUCAAUCUUACAAAUCUCCGGUACCGGUACAUUAAUAGCAGGACAACACGCUGCAUUGGGUUUGAGCCGCCAGAUGCUAUUGUCCAGAAACCACUAGACAGUACAGUUUUUACGAUAUGGUGUGCCGUUUAAGUGCACAUUAUUUUAGGCCACUUUAAAAUUGGGGAUAGGAAAGAUAUUGCUCUUAACAUCACCUUCCAAGGUAUGAUAAUCACUAACUUUUUUUAGUGUUAAAUAAUUUUUGGUCCGUGUGUUGUGUCAUGAUGUGUCUUAUUGUGCCUUGAUGGUCACAUGAUGACCCAGAAAAAGGACAAUAAACAAUUAUGUGAAUAGGCCUAUACAACGUGAGAUUGCGAGAUUUCAGGGUAGUAGAUUACGGAGAGAGAUCAUGAUCAAGUUAGUGAGUGAUAGUGCGGUGUAUCCUGGAUUAUUGCUUUUUGUUGAUAAUAUUUUAUGAUGAGGAGGUACCGGUACCACGUGGAUCAGUAUGACCUUUGCGCAGAAUAAAGAUGAGCCAUAUUAACACAUGAAGUGUUGGUUUUCUAGUAUUCAGUGGGCCUAAUUCUUUGUGCAGAGGGGGAGAGUGCUAAACAAACCCUACAAACAACGUUGCCAGAAAUACUCGAAUAGUCUUGACUAAACAAAACAGAGUAUUUUGGCAGUAACUCAUAAAUGGUGAUUGAGUCAUUUCGUCUCGCAAGGAACCUUCACAUGAAUAGCCAUCAAUAUCAAAAUGAUCUCAUAAAAAAAAAGAAACAACAUAUGGAUCAAUUCAUUCGGAGUGACAUUCAAUUUGUCUUCAAUGAAAUUUCAGACGCAAGGACAUUUUACAUAAAUUGUAGACAAAAGUGUUUGAAAUUGAAAUGUUUAAUUUCUUUUUAAAAAAUCAAAUUUAAAUUUUAUUUGGGUGGGGGCGGGGGAGGUUGAAAAAUUGUAUUGGAUUGAACGGAUAUGUUUUAUUGAAUAGUUUGGAUUUCAAAAGUUAAGGUAUUAGUAUUUUAGUUUUUUUGCAACAUUAUGUUUGAAAAGUGUAAUCAAAUAGCAACGAUACAAAAUGUUGGUUCAUUUGAAGACUAUGUUUAAUAAUUUAUAUUUUUUGUAUUAAUAACUUUGAUUUUUUUUUUAUCUCUACAGGCAAAUGCUGCAGAAAAAAUAAAUAUGACUGAUAAAUAUUAUUGGAACCAGGUUAAUUUUGGUAUGAAUAUAGGCGCGAUGAUCACAGCUAGCAUCAACUUCAUAUUCUGGGUUGUUGAUAUCGUGUUUCUAAGAUGUAAUCCUAAAAAAAUGUUGAGAUCAACAAAGAAUUUCUCAAGAAAGCGUUUGAAUUUUCCUUCUGAGUGCGUAAAAUAUUCUUAUUUUAAUUAAUUGCACUAGAUGAUACAUUUUCGAAAAAAAAUCAAUUAAAAUUAUAUUAUACGAAAUCCUUGAUAUUAAGAAUGUAAAUGUGAUUGAUAAAUCAUUACACAUUAUUUAGUAAAUUAAAAAUUUGAAAUUAUGAUGGUUAAAAUAGUUAUGAGCAUGCAAAAGUAUUUCGAAAGUAACAUCUUCUUUAAGUUGAUUAUAGUAGCUGUGUCUAAACUCUAAUUAAAUAAUAUUUAGUGAAGAGCCUUGCAACAUAUCCUUUUUUGAAGCAGUAGUGUUGAUCAAUCUAUUUCUAGCUAUGCUAAAGCUAUGGUCAAUGUACGUAAGUCAUGCACUUUACCCAAAUCAGAACUAAAAAUUUAACGCAAUGAAAUUAACAUCUGAUUGGUUAAUAUAUUUAUCAUGCAUGUCUGGGGUUUCAAAAGAAAACUUUGUAAAUGUUUCUUUUAGUAUUUAUGAGUGAGAGGGCACUGGUCCAAGAAAAGUAAUUUGGGGAAUCAGUUGAGAAAAGUUUAAGUGGUAAUAAAUAAUAAUGAUGUAAGUGUAAGUGCGAGUAAGUGUCAAGUUUUGAAGAGUUUUGGUAAUAUAAAUGUAGGGGGAUUGCUAAGACUAAGUGAGAUUUGUUUACAACUUGAUGGUGAUAAAGGAUUUUAAAAAAAAAAUAAUUAGAAACAAAAAUAUACCAAGCCUUCAAACAAUAUAACAAUCUAUCCCUGGACGCCCGUAUUAUUUGUUGAUGCACUGGUGUAGGCAGUUUCCAGACACACCCGGAAGACUGAAUGCGAUGAAAGACAAUGACAUAAAAAAAAAAACCAGAUGCUCACAUAAUGACAUUUAUUUAUUAAUAUUGUGUGAUAGUUUCAUUAGUCCUAAUAUUAAAUAUUAAUUUUUUUAAUUAACAGUUGGGUUCAUUUAGUAUUUUUACGGAGGUUACUCGGUAAAUUUACCAAUACAAUGUAUAUAAAGUAAUGACAGCGUGACGUUUUAAAUUUUAGUUGUUCCUAUGUUAACUGCACAACUUACAUUUGUUAUAAAAUAAAAUGUCGAUGUCUUUAUUAGAAACGUAUAUGUAAUUAAAUAAAAUGUUGAAGCCUUUGCAAAGAAAAUCUAAAUCGACUGUGAUAAACAUAUUAAUAAGCUUUUAUGUUUCUUUCAAAUCAUUAUUUUUUUAUAAAAUUCCAGUGCAUUCCCCACAUUUUUUCAAAAUUUUGAAAAUGUCAAGUUAAUAAAUGUGAUGACAGGUCUUCAUUUUCUGUAAGUUCAUAAUUUUUUCAUUAAUAUUUAAAAAACUAUUGUGACUGUUAGUAAAACACGGCAAGUUCGAUGAAAAACAUUUCUCAUUUGAAUAUCUCAAAAACGAAAGAAAUGUUUGUUGAUUUCCGAGGGGUGGGGGAGGGGGGGUGUAUAUCAUCACAUUGCGGAUUUCAAAAUAAAAUAAUCAAAACACAAAUAGAGACAUUUAAGUAUCUAAUUUUUACUAAAAAUAUCAGCCAAAGACUUUUUUAUUUUAAACAGUGCUACAAUUUCGGCGUAUGCAAACAAGUGAACCCAUUCUACGGUGCAACAAUUGAAAGCUUAAUUAAAUUUCUUAUAAUUGAUGGUGUGUGAAUUCAUAAUCGGAUAUCAAACACCGAUUAAAAAGACCAAUCAAGAAAACUAAAAACUAAAUAUCAUGCACUUGCAGAGAUAUGUGAAUAAAAAAUCCUGGUACACAUCAUCUAUCGCAACAUCAUGAGCCACCAUGAACAGUACAACAUUUCGACAAACCUAAAUCACGGUUUACUCUUCGGAUUCUCAAUAGAAACUCAGUUACUCAUCACCACCAAUGACCUCCUAGUCUCCUUUGACAAAGGCACCCAGGUCGACAUGCAAUUCUCGACUUCGCCAAGGCUUUCGACACUGUUCCACACAGCCUUCUUCUACAUAAGCUCCACCACUAUGGCAUUACCAGCAACCUUCACUCCUUGCUCUAAACGUUCCUAAUACAACGUACCAUGCAAGUAGUGGUAGAUGGCGUAAUAUCAGGGAAAGCCACCGUAGAGACAGGAGUUCCACAAGGCACAGUGCUUGGCCCCCUUCUGUUUCUCUGUCACAUAAACGACCUACCCGAUACAGUAAAUUCUCAAGUGCGGCUGUUCGCUGACGACUGUCUUAUCUACAGAGAGAUAAACAGCAACGAUGACCACAACCACCUCCAAACAAAUUUGAAGUGCCUUAUGAAUUGGGGGGACAAAUGAGGCAUGAAAUUUAAUGAUACCAAAUGUUUCACUAUGAAAAUCUCAAGAAAAAAAACAUCAACUCAUAUUUACUCACUAAACGAAACAAUCCUCAAACAAGUAUCCAAUAGUCCAGACCUUGGAAUUGUCUCGUCCUAUAGCGUAAAAUGGUCACCCUUAUAAACAAAAUUUCAAAAAAGCAAAUUGCACCCUAGGUUUCAUCCGAAGACAUUUGCGCUACUGCCCAACUUCCUGCAAACGGAAUGCCUGUCUCGCACUCAUCCGUCCACUACUGGAAUAUGGUGCGAUCAUCUGGGACCCACACCUUAAGCAAGACGUGGACACGAUGGAGCGAAUUCAAGGAAAUGUGGUGCAUUUUAUCGCUCGAGACUACAAAUCCACCACUCCUGGCUUCGUCACUGGCCUCUUAAAAAGAUUUGACUUCACUCCCCUUAAAGACAUAGAGAGGGACUCCGCCUGACAUUCUUAUAUAAAGUGGUCAUGAAACUGGUGCUGGCCAUACCAGCAAGCACGUACCUCACCCCACAGAAGCCAGGUAGACUGAUCAGAGCAAAACGCUCACUGAACACGGACUUCACCACUGAGAUUCCCAUAAACAAUUGCACCAGAAACAAUAGCAAAUGCUUCAAAGUGCCUCAGUGCAACACAGUGCAGUAUCAAAAAUCUUUCUUACCACGCACAAUAAUAGCAUGGAAAAACCUGAACGAAGCCACUGUGAACUCGACAUCAGUCGAAAGCUCCAAGGCUGCCCUGGCAUCAGCUAGGAGCUGUUAGAAUAGCAACAUCAUACCCUCAACCGUUGCAAAAAUGCCAGUACAUUGAUGCAGCAACGAAACAUGACCAGAACUAGAACCAGAGAUGAUGACAUAAAACUAUUUUUAAAAAUUAGAUGACAUCCCACCCACUCCAUCACUGCUACUGAAGAUCAGUUUGAUCAAAACGAAAUCCUUCCCUUAAAAAAUAUUUCCGAAAGAUUUGCCAAUUCUUUUUUUUUCCCAUUCUGUACCAUUCACCAGCGUGCUCCCAAAGCGAUUACCAAAUUCGAAUGAUCAAUAAUUAAUCCCUUCUUGUAACAAAUGAAGUUCUUUACGUCUGUUUUUUACCCUAAAGAAAAAAAUUAGUUGUCUUUUGUUUAAACUGUUAUAAUUAUGAAGGUGUUUUGGGUAAAAAAAAAUGUGUAUUUAUUUAUUUGCAUAGAAUUAUUUUUUGCAAUGUGAUGGACAACAUUUCGAUUUAUUUGGAUCAAUAAACGAAUCUUUUCUUAUCUUAUCUUAUACUAAACACUAUAUUAAAUGUAGUGUACCUGGUGUCUAAUUUGAAAAGAAAACGAUCCGUAUAUAUUUUGGGUUUUUAUUAAAUUUGCCAAUUCUCAAAAAUAUUCUUUAUUAUUUCUGCAGGACUGUAUUAUUUAUGACUUUCUACAUUUGCACACACUUCGUCGGCACUGCGUUUUUCACAUUUGUAGAGAUACUUGCCAAUGCAGGGAUAACGCUACAAUGGAUCACCCUUCUUUUAAUCUUCCUGAUGCAUUGCUAUAGAGCCUGCUUGGAAUUGAAAACUACAUACAAGAGUUUUCAUAAGGUAGUAUAG